CACCGCUUCCUUUCUUCUUGCUUGUGCGGUGGUCCAAAAUGUCGCUGCUAGAGGGUCCGUUAAAUGUGCUCGGCCAGAGAACAACCGGCGAAUCUGUUCGCACUCAAAAUGUGAUGGCCGCGUCAUCCAUCGCCAACAUUGUAAAGAGCUCUCUGGGACCCGUCGGGCUUGACAAGAUGUUGGUGGACGACAUUGGAGAUGUGACCAUCACCAACGAUGGGGCCACCAUCCUGAAGCUGUUGGAAGUGGAACACCCAGCAGCCAAGGUUCUGUGUGAACUGGCAGAGCUGCAGGACAGAGAGGUUGGGGAUGGGACCACCUCUGUGGUGAUCAUUGCAGCAGAGUUGCUUAAGAGUGCAGAUGAAUUGGUGAAGCAGAGGAUUCACCCCACAUCAGUUAUCAGUGGAUAUCGUCUGGCUUGCAAGGAAGCUGUGCGAUACAUCAGUGAGAAUCUCACUAUCGGGACAGAUGACCUGGGCAGGGAAUGCCUGAUCAAUGCAGCCAAGACCUCCAUGUCUUCCAAAAUCAUUGGAGUUGAUGCAGACUUCUUUGCUGAGAUGGUAGUGGAUGCUACCUUGGCUGUGAAAUUUGUGGAUGCCAAGGGCAUGGCCAAAUAUCCCAUCAACUCGGUCAAUGUGCUGAAAGCCCAUGGUCGCAGCCAGAAGGAGAGUUUCCUGGUCAAUGGUUAUGCACUGAACUGCACAGUUGGCUCACAAGGCAUGGUUAAGCGUGUGGCCAAUGCUAAGGUCGCCUGCUUGGAUUUCAGCCUGCAAAAGACCAAGAUGAAGAUGGGAGUCCAGGUUGUCAUCAGCGACCCAGAAAAGCUUGACCAGAUCCGACAGAGGGAAUCUGAUAUCACAAAGGAGAGGAUACAGAAGAUACUGGCAUCAGGUGCCAAUGUUGUCCUGACCACCGGCGGGAUUGAUGACAUGUGUUUGAAGUACUUUGUGGAUGUGGGAGCAAUGGCUGUCAGAAGGGUGCUCAAGAAGGAUCUAAAACGCAUUGCCAAGGCAACAGGAGCCACCAUCUGCCCCUCCCUGACCAAUCUGGAGGGAGAGGAGACGUUUGAGGCCACCAUGUUGGGUCAGGCUGAGGAGGUAGUGCAGGAACGCAUCUGUGAUGAUGAGCUCAUCCUUGUCAAGAAUACCAAGGCACGCACAUCGGCCUCCAUCAUUUUGCGAGGAGCCAAUGACUUCAUGUGUGACGAGAUGGAGCGCUCCCUGCAUGAUGCCCUGUGUGUGGUGAAGAGGGUGCUUGAAUCCAAGUCUGUAGUGCCAGGUGGAGGUGCUGUGGAGGCGGCUUUGUCCAUCUACCUGGAGAACUAUGCCACCAGCAUGGGCUCCCGGGAGCAGCUGGCGAUUGCUGAGUUUGCUCGCUCUCUCCUGGUCAUCCCCAAGACUCUGGCUGUGAAUGCAGCGCAGGACUCCACUGACCUGGUGGCCAAGCUCCGCGCCUUCCACAAUGAGGCCCAGGUUAACCCUGAACGCAAGAACCUCAAGUGGAUUGGUCUGGACUUAGUGAAUGGUAAGCCGAGGGACAACCGCCAGGCUGGCGUGUAUGAACCUACCAUGGUUAAGACAAAGAGCCUCAAGUUUGCUACUGAGGCUGCUAUCACCAUUCUCCGUAUUGAUGACCUCAUCAAGCUAUUCCCUGAACAGAAAGAGGGUGGAUCCUCAUACAGGGACGCUGUGGCAUCAGGAUCACUGGAAGGUUAAGGCCCUGGUUAGCUCUGAUGUCUCAUGCUCUCUAGACACCUCUAGAUAAAGCAUAGGCAGCCAUGUGUCAUGGUAUGUCAAGAACACACACGUUUUCCUUGCAGUCAAUCACUACACCAGAGGACUUCACCUAUUGACACACCUUCAGCCAAAGAGGACAGACUAAUCAGAGAACACUGUAACAAUUGGUUGGAAAGAAAAAUCUAUAUGUUCUUGACACUCCAUGACAAAUGGUUUACACAGUACAUGAUUGCUUAUGCCAUGGAUGUGCUUUGUCUGAUCUAGAUUGAGAGCUGUAGUUCUGGUCUGCAAGGCUUAAUGUCUCUGUAUUUAUACAUUAAGAGCUGUUGAUGGUUGUCAUUGUGUAAGCCUUGCACUUUGCCCAUUUGCUGUUUUUUCCCCCACUCCUUUCAUGGCACAAGUUAAUUUCCAUGGAAACUGUAAUGAUUUUUUGGACUCCUGAAAAUAAAUCUCAAAUGUUGUAGGUGA